AUGGGACAUGCUCUGAACAAGAUCCUCAAAGACUUUAUUUUACGCUUUCAAGUACUCCAGCGGCGGCGUGUUCAUUAUAUGCCCGGGUGGGACUGUCAUGGGCUUCCAAUAGAAGUCAAGGCCGUCGCGGAGGAAGCGGCGCGCGGCGCAACGCACCUUUCGCCCACCGAGAUCCGGCAUGCGGCGCGCAAUGUCGCGCUGCGCGAACUAGUAAAGCAGCGCGAAGCAUUUAAGGACUUUUCUAUCAUGGCCGACUGGUCAGAGGAGUGCGCGUACAGGACGAUGCAUUUCCCCUACGAAAUCACGCAGCUGGAGCUGUUUUCGCGCAUGGUAGAACGUGGGCUUAUUUACCAGCAAUUUCGACCUGUAUACUGGUCUCCUUCAUCCGGCACGGCACUUGCAGAGGCAGAAAUUGAGUACGAUGACCAGCACAGGAGCCGCAGUGCGUACGUUGCCUUUACACUGCUUCCCAACGGGCCUUUGCGUGCGAAACUGGCCAAGGCUGCGCUGCACACCGAAGAUAUUAAGCUGGUUGUAUGGACGACAACCCCGUGGACACUGCUGGGAAACAUGGCACUGGCAGUAUCGCAAGACGCGCAGUAUUCCAUUGUGCGGACUGUACAAGGCGCAUACAUGUUGGUCGCAAGCGAGCUCGUCGACUCGCUGCAGCACAUCCCUGUUGGGCUAGCACAACCUGGAAUAACACAGGCAACAUUGGGCGACGUGGACGAAGUGCUGCAGGUUUCUGGGUACGAUUUGGUCGGCGCUCGCUACCAUUUUCCAUUUAUGGAGCAAGACACGACCCGCAAGAUCAUCAGUGCCCCUUUUGUCACAACCACCUCCGGCACCGGCAUUGUACAUAUGGCCCCGGCGCAUGGCCAGGAAGAUUACCAGGUAUGGCGUGACACAGGGAAUCUUGCACAACAUGGCCUUGUUUCACACGUUGACGGCCAAGGCCGAUUUGCCUUCCCGGGCGCGGAAGCGGGAAGCACCGCCGCUGUAUGUGCUGCAGCCCAGGCGUUGGACGGGCAAGAGGCGAUGUAUGAAGGAAACCAAUCCGUGUUGGCGCUUUUGUACGACCACGGCGCAUUGCUUGGAGAGAGAUUGUACACGCACAGCUACCCAAUCGAUUGGCGGACAAAGAAGCCGCUCAUGAUGCGUGCAACGUCGCAAUGGUUUGCCGACUUGUCGCACAUAAGUGGAGAAGCACAAGCAGCGCUUGAACACGUACAUUUUGUCCCUGCAACAGGACGCAAUCGCCUCGCUAGUUUAGUUGCCCGCCGAUCCGAAUGGUGCAUUUCUCGACAACGGCCAUGGGGCGUGCCUUUGCCGGCCGUGUACAAUGCUGCGACGGGCGAAGCAUUGUUGACCAAGACCAAUAUUGAGCAUAUCCUCGGCGUAUUUGCACAGCACAAAUCCAUGGACUGCUGGUGGACACUGGACGCCGAAACAUUCGUUGCGUCUGAAUACCGCGAUUUAAACGCGAAAUGGAUAAUCAAGGGAGAUACGCUGGAUGUAUGGUUUGAUAGUGGAUCAUCGUGGGCAGUGUUGCAGUCGUCAAUGGGGCGCGCUUAUUGCACGCCAGAGCUAUGCGCAGACGUGUACUUGGAAGGAACAGAUCAGCACCGCGGCUGGUUCCAAUCGAGUUUGCUCACUAGGAUUUCGACAUGCGGUGACGCCAAAGCGCCGUACGCGAAUCUUGUGACUCAUGGGUUUGUUGUCGACGAUGCGGGCCGUAAGAUGUCCAAAUCUGUCGGGAAUGUGAUUGCGCCUGAGUCAUUUAUAUUUGGGGACGAAAAAAAUGCGGCUUUCCCCCCGUUGGGCACCGAUAUUUUACGCUGGUGGGCCGCCAAGGCGGACUAUACAAGAGACAUGCCAAUAAGUCCGCUAAUUAUGAAGCAUGCUGCUGACGAAGUGCGCAAACUGCGCAAUACUGCGCGGUUCCUUCUUGCGAAUGUGGGCAAUACGCAAACUGCACUUCCUGAGCCAACUACGCUGCGCUUGCUCGACCGCUACAUUAUGCACGAACUGCUUCAGCUCGAUACGGUGUGCCACAAGGCGUACCAAGAGUUUGAUUUUCCACGUGUGGUGAGGCGGCUAAACGAGUUUGUGACGUGCUCACUUUCUUCCUUGUACUUGGACGUGGUAAAGGAUAUCUUGUAUGCAGGGGGCGGUUCUUCCCGCGAAAAUGUGGUCGCGAUUUUGGACCAAAUCCUAUAUACAAUGACUUGCAUUCUUGCGCCCAUACUGCCGCACCUUGCCGAAGAUAUUCAUUGGUACAGAUCUGGCGCUGAGCGCGAUCCUACCGAGGCGCAAGCGCUGCAUAUGCCCUCAUUUUUCCAGCAGGGGUGGACACCCAUAUCGGCUGCAUGGGAAGAUUUUGCGCUUGCAAGUACGAUGCAGCAGAUCUUGAAUUUGCGGUCUGACGUGUUUGGACUUAUGACACGUUGUAAAGAGGCGUCACUUUUAAAAAGUAUGCCGCAAGCGGCACUGGAGCUCUACGUGCCUGAUGCACCGCUGUACAAGGUGCUUUUUACGUACCAAGACCAGCUGUGUGAUCUCUUUUCUGCUGCGCAAGUCGCAUUGUACGACGACUACGAAGCGUAUACAAGCGCGAAAAAACAGGCUGCAUGGGUCAAGGAGCAAGAAGGCCACAUGGGCGCACAGCUGCGCAUGCAACCAUCAUCUUUGGAAAAAUGCCCACGCUGCUGGAAGCACCAGCGAAGAACGGAGGAUGCUUUGUGCCAGCGGUGUGCAGCAGUAGUUGGUUAG